UCCCAUUUCCCCUGUCCGCCUGAAUUGGCAUUUUUUUCUCCAUUUCCCCUUUACUCAUAAUCACCCUCAUUAUAUUAAUAUUAGGCAUGUAAUGAUUAGCCAAAUAUAAGCACCAACUCAUCAUUACCUUUUAUAACAUGAUUAAAUCUUAGCCACCCCCUAAUAAUAAUUCUCCAUAUUUAAAUACGCCCCUUCAUCAAUAAAUCAAAACAAAACAAAACAAACCAAACCCCCUCUCUUCCACCAUGGAUCAUUAGUCCUUUAUAAAACCCUACCCCUACCCCUCCCCCUCCCCCCCCCCUCUCUUCUUGGAGAGGAAGCAAAAGCUAAAAAGCUUCAAACUUGUUCACUUUGAGAGCAAAAAAAGAAAGAAAGCAUGGACACAUACGAAGCUACUCAAGUAGUGAUGUCAAGGAUCCAAAGCAUGGAUCCAGAAAACGCCUCCAAAAUCAUGGGCUCCAUUCUGAUUCAGGAUCAAGGCGACAAGGAGAUGAUACGCCUCGCAUUCGUCCCUGAUUCCAUCCUCCUCUCCUACAUCUCCCAAGCCAAGUCCCGUCUCUCCUCCUCCCCAAGAAUCUUGAUUCCCACCAACAAUUUCCACCCCAGCAGCCCCACCCCUUCCCUCAGCCCGAGACCCUUCUCCUACGCCGCCGCCCUCAACGCCCCCACCACCAAUUCCGCCCAAAGCUUCAAUUUUUACGGCUGCGACGACUCCUCCGUGGAUCCGGUCAUGAGCCCAAGUGGGCGGAGUGACUCCCUCGUCUUCCCUUAUGGCGCGGAGGAGCCUAGCCCCCACCACCACUUCCACCGCCGCAGCAGCUCGGUGAACGACGCUGCGUUUCUUGCUAGCAUGGAUGACUGCGGCGGCGGCGGCGGCGGGUGGCGACCCUGCAUGUACUUCGCGAGGGGCUUCUGCAAGAACGGGAGCUCUUGCAAGUUCCUCCACGGCGGAGAGGAGGCGGCGGAGGUGGGAUCUCCUGGAAAGGGGUUUGAUGAGCUGAUGAGGAUGAAGGCGAUUCAGCAGCAGAGGCUUGCGCUCAUGGCGUCCUCUCCCCGCGGCCAUUUCUCUUCUUACAAUAAAUGCGUAGACUUUCUCAGUGAGAAUCCGAGGAGUGAGUUUUUGCCUGUGGGAUUGGGGGCUGCUGCUUUGAGUUCGAGCUCGAGGCAAAUUUACUUGACGUUUCCAGCGGAUAGUACUUUCAAGGAGGAAGAUGUCUCUAGCUAUUUUAGUAUGUUUGGACCUGUUCAAGAUGUUAGGAUUCCGUUUCAGCAGAAGCGGAUGUUUGGCUUUGUGACGUUUGUGUAUCCGGAGACUGUCAAGCUCAUCUUGGCGAAAGGGAAUCCUCACUUUGUGUGUGAUUCUCGCGUGCUUGUCAAGCCUUACAAGGAGAAGGGGAAGGUCGCUGAAAAGAAACAACAACAGCACCACUUGGAUUUGGGCAUGGAGUCUAGUGAAAGCAUUGAGCUCCCCUUUGGAUCUAGAAUGCUGUUCAAUACACCGGAGAUGAUGCUGAGGAGGAAGCUGGAGCAGGAGGCGGAAUUACAGCACGCGAUCGAGCUUCAAGAAAGACGGAUCAUGAAUUUGCAACUGAUGGACCUGAAAAACCAUCAACAUAAUCAUCACCUCUUGCAAGGCUUUAGGGCAGGGAUCCCAAUGUCCUCGCCUCGCCAGUCUCAGUUUCUGAUGAAUCAAAACUUCAUCCCUGAUGGCUCGAAUCAAGAAAACACAGAAGAGUUUGAUGGUCCGGCUAAAUCUACUAACUUUGUGCCAGAAGGAACUAAAUUCUGUAACAACAGUGUUGUUGGCAACGUCAAUGGCGAUGAUUCUAAUACCCCUCACAGCUUUGAUCACAUGCUUCCCGAUAACCUUUUCGCUUCUCCAACAAAAGUAGCCGGUGAGCACAACCGAUCUGUUUUCUCUGAGGCUUCGGCCUCCACUGGUGAUAGUAUACCUGUAACAAUGACCUCCUCCAAGAACACGACCAGCCUCGUGCUUCCCGCCAUGGCUUCUCUCAAAUCGUGUUGUGUCGAAAUACCAAGGUUUUCUGCUGGGCAAGAAGCCAUUGAAAUGUAGGUUUGUUAGAGUUGAGAAUGGAUAGCAACAACCAAGAAUUAACUUAUAAAGAUUGAAUAUAGCUAAAGCAAAACAAUACCCCUCCAUCAACAAAUACAUAAUGGCACUACUACUACUACUACUAAAGUGCUGAUUGAAUGGGAGUAGGGCUCUUUUCUCUCACUACCCCACAUUUUGUACCCUCUCUUCAUGUGUAAAGGGACCACCACAUUAUUUAACAAAAGCAUAUAACAAACAAAAGGUACCAGUGAUGAUAAUAUAUAAUAGCAUAUUUACAAAA